AUGUUCGAACGUCUCUCUGCCCGCGAGGUGCGAGACAUGGUUUACUUCCACCUCAUGGGUGGCGCUCCAGAUGUCAGCAUCAUUCAACGCGAGAAAGACCUUCCCGAUAACGAAGGGAACAAAUACUACUUCCACGUUGACCACAGUGACCGUCGCGGCCAGGCUCGCGGCCUUGACAACAAAUCUGAGCACUAUUUCAGGGAGAAGUAUAUGGGAAAGGGGUUUGUGGUUGAACUCGCGGAAGAGUUCAAUAGGCACGCCUCCUACAAUGUCUGGAACGUCGAUGAUGUUCGAUAUCUACUUGGUACUUGCCCUCUCAGAGAUGCGCUCUGCCGACCCCUCGACUUCCUCCGAACGCUUUCAGUCGACGUAUGCAUCUCAAAACAUGAAUUCCAGCCGACCCGGGACUAUUAUGUGAAAGCUCGCCACGCGACAAGAGAGUCUGCAUUAAAGAAAGAAGGCUUCCAGAACCAGCUGAGUUGGCUUGGCGAUCUCGCAGCCACAUCACAAGUUUCCAAAAUGAGCGUCACGCUUAAUGUUAAUGUGCGGACGCAUACCGCACUCGAGAGGUACAAAGCUGUGCUGCUACCAUACAUUCAAGAGCUUGUCGAAAAGGACUGCAAGGUAGUUGCUUCGUACGAGAAUUGGGGCCGGAACGACUACUCGCAGCCGCGCAAUAGGGAAACAAUCAUUUACGAUCGGACCAUGUUGAUAUCGGAAAGCCAGAUGGAAGCUGCCAUUACCGAUGCCUUCAUAGGUCAUCGUCGGACUUGA